UAUUUUCUCGGGCAUGUGACUCUGUUAUUUUCAAACCCUCUAACCAAACGUGCCCUAGAUGUGUACUUAACAUUGUCGAGCGGUUAUCGGCAUUUCUCCUGAACCUUGUUAAACUAUCCAUCGUCGGUUAGCCCCCAAUUCAACCAUAUAUAUGCGUAAAUUGUGAAAUCAGUGUAAGAUGCUUUCUUGUCCGGCCAUUGGAAUUUCCACGGUGGCUGAGGGAUAAUCAUAGCAUCUCAAACCAUGUCUACACUCCUCUCAUUGGCUAAUUGAGAACUUGAUUCAAAUUGUGGAGAAGCGGUGACCACCCAAAGUUCUUCAGAGAGUCUGUUCCAUUUCCUGAAAGAAUUAGGUGGGCUGACAAGCCGAUUCUUCUGUGAGUCUGCUAUAGUUAGGAAUGGGUCCUGAUUCUAGGAAAAGGAUUGCAAAUGCCUUCCGUGCUACAAAGGUUCUCGGGAUAUCUGAAGAAAAGGUGAAGCCUGUAUUGAAGCGUCUUUUAAAGUUGUAUAAUAAAAACUGGGAUCUCAUUGAGGAGGAGAAUUAUAGAUCCCUUUUGGAUGCAAUUUUUGAGUAUGAGGAAGCUGAGGAAGCAAGACGCGCAAAAUCUUCUAUCUGUGCUGCACAGGAAUGUGCUUUGGAGGAAGACGAGGUUUUGAAUGAAGAGCCCGAGAGACCAUUAAAAAGAUUUCGUUUGAGGCAGCAAGAUGGUCAACCAUCACCAUCUAGCCUUGGCGGGACUUCACGGACAAGGCACGAUGAUGGUGGGGAUGCACUUCUUCAGGGACCACCUCAGCCAUGUGAUGGACAAAUGGAUCUUAAAAGCAAGGGGAAACAGCGUCUUUCAGCCAAUCCACAGUCACCCAAUAAGAGCGUUGGUGGUCAUUUACUGGUCAAGCCUUAUAAUGAGCCAGGGUCAUCAGCAAAUAAAGGUGGAACUUCAAAUGCGACAGACAAAUCUUGCAGCUUAGAGAUAGCUUCACUGACUUGUGCAGAUGUAAAAGCGAGCCUGAACUGCAACACUGCCUUUGGAAUACCCAACUUCCAGAUGCCUAGCUUAGAUGCAGUAGUGAAAAUGUUGGAUGAUACGUAUCAUAAAAGGUACAGAGAUCUUGACACCCAGCUUUCCGUGAUAAAAGUGAUGGAGGAUGUUUGCCAGUGUUUUUUGCAGUUGGCUGCUCAAUCUUCUAUUAAUAAUCACUCUGCAAAUGAGUAGGAGUGGUUAAUUUGAACUGGAAUAAAUAAAACAGAUUUUACUUAUUACCAUUAUUUAAUACUCCCUACUAUUUUAAUCGACUGUAUGUCUUGCUGAAAACAUGGCUAAAUACAUGUAGAUCUUUCAAGUUUUCUACAUUAGCCACAGAGCAUAUUUUAUGCUGUAACAUGUAAGAAUAUACGGAGUAUUUCUCCGUUGUACAUUUGUACUGGAAGUCUGGAACUAUGUCAUUCAAUUUUUUUUUGGAAAAGUACAGAAAAGGUACUUGUGGUUGGGUCCGUUU